AUGCAGCUUUCUCAAAACUCAUCUACUCCUUACUCAAUGGCAAAUGAUCUCGAACAAGCGCUAUUCACAUUUUGUGAGGCAGCGGCCCCAGAUAUACUCUCGACUCGGUCAUGGCCCUGUCCACAAGCUACAGAGCUGACGCUCCUUAUUGAUGAUAUUUCUCGCCAUUGUCUGGACAAUAGGCAAUCUAUGUUGAACUGCGGGAUCAUACAAGAUCGAAGAGACCAAUUCAUGCUAGACUUACAGCUCUCACGCAGAAUCCGUCACGCGGCAGUUCAUCGAAACCAUAUCAACAGAAUCACACAGAAUGAAUACUCAUCCUGCCUUGGGAGGGUGUUGAGCACGGUUCAGCAGGCUUUGGCACGUAACCCGUCCGCCACUGCAAGACAAAAAGAACGAAUCAGGGCAAUUGCGAAUCAACCGUGGUGCUUGCCAUGA